AUGUUUGCACUCUGUAUUCUUAGAUUGACCAGACAAGUUGGAAGUAGCGUUUUUCAGUGUUUGAACUUUGAUAUUGUUAUCGGCAGAUCACGUUCUUCGAUUUGCAGCUCAGACGGACUCGCCGUCGUCCGCCUAUCGGGUGGGAUCGGCCGGUGCUCGUACUGCGCACGGCGCAGCUGGUGGUCAUGGAUCUGCACGUUGCACGUCUCACAUUGUGCGUGUCCACACGCCGUCGUCUGUGGUGUGAACUCGAGAUGUGGCGGUGCCCUCGAGUCGUCGUGUAUAUACGUCCGUCUUUUCGGUCUUUACGGCGAUCAUCAGUUCUCGACCGAGCGUGUGUCGGAGCACUUCGUCUUGCGAGAGCAUCGUCUGCCACUCCGUGCGUACGAUUUCGCCGGUGUCGGGAAACCACGCGAUGGUGGCGGAGCCGGUGGCGGUGAACGUCUUGGCGGCGGUGGCGUGAUAGUCCACGAUGGCGGUGGUGGUUGUGAGGGAGAAGGAGAGGAAGAAGAAGAAGAAGAAGAAGAAGAAGAAGGAGAGGAAGAAGAAGAAGAAGAAGAAGAAGAAGAAGAAGAAGAAGAAGAAGAAGAAGAAGAAGAAGAAGAAGAAGAAGAAGAAGAAGAAGAAGAAGAAGAAGAAGAAGAAGAAGAGGGAGUAGUAGAGGCCGCUGUAGCAGCGCUACUAGCCGGUCCCCCUCCCCUACGGCUCCACGUCGCAGCUCGACACUUUUGUAGUGUUAGCGACGGUCUGAACGAUCUCGAGUGGUUCGAUUUGGGCGGGUGGACCGCCUUGUAAGAUCUGCCGUAACCGGACAUGGCUUCAGAAAGUCAUUCGUUUGGAGUCUUCUAGGAGUAUUGCUUGUAAGCGAGACAAAGAGAACAAACGUUAAAUGUUAUAUAUGAGAACGUUGAUAGUCUUACGUGCGGAGAGGAAUGACGAAGGAAGAGCGAGACCGACCGAGACCGACCUGUCGGACGUCACGUCUUCUUGUGCGCGCGUGUGCGUGUAUGUUGUGAGCGCGCGCGCGUGCGAGAGAGAGAGACAGUGUGUGUGUGUCGCCGAUUCGCUUCGUCUGGUCUGACGGUGUGCGUGUGUCUCUCUCGGAUGGCGUGAAUUACACGUGUCUGUGUGUGAGAGAGAGAGAAGACGUGUGUGUUAAGACUGAAGGCAAUAUAAUGUUAGCGAGUCCUAUUUGUGUUAUCACACUUAAACAAUAACGUAAUAAUUAAUUAAUUAAUUAUUAAUUAAAAUAUACAAGGCUGUGCGACUA